CGCUGCCGCUGCAGCCAAGUUUGACAACAUGCCGCUUUUAAACAGACCCUUCACACCGCUGCAACUUUGUCCCCGUGUGUCUGGACUUAAAGGAUGUUCUGGAGCGUUUUCCUCGACACAAACAUUGUCGACGCUCAGUCCUGAAACCUGAGACGUGGAAGAGCGGACUCCACGUUCAGAAGAGACCUCAACUUUUAACCCGCCGUCAUUCCUUGUGGAGCAGUAACCCCGUUUGUUGUUACAAUGGGACAUCUGUGGGCGCACGGCGUUUUCUUGCUGGCGUUUUGCUCCGGCUUUUGCUUCGGAAACCCGAACAGAUGUGACGAAGUGCGGAAAGUUUUCCAACUCAGACAAAUUGGACCAAAUCAAUUAUUGCCUCUAAACCCCAGAACAGGUUCAGACCUUCAGGUGUGCAUGUCCAAGAACCUGACCUGCUGCACCAAAAAGAUGGAGGAGAAGUACCAGGUGGCUGCCCGCAGGGACGUCCAGAACCUCAUCCAGACGUCCAGCUCCGGCCUCAAGUCCCUCAUCUCGCGCAACGUGGCUGCUUUUCAUGACACUUUUGAGGUCCUGAUGAGGCAGGCAGAGAACCACACGAAUGCCGUCCUACAGGAGUCGUACCGUGACAUGGCCGACCAGGCUGUGGGCCCUGUGCGGGAACUCUUUACAGAUAUCGGCCUCUUCCUGCUGGGGUCUGAGCUAAACGUUGAUGACCUAGUGCAGCGAUUCUUCGACGCCCUCUUCCCACUGGUUUACAAUCACCUCAUCAACCCGGGCCUCAGCGACAUAACGGCAGGCUACGCUGAAUGCGUGAGGUCGACCAGCCGCGACGUGAGACCGUUUGGCGGUGGGCCCUCCUUGCUGGCCGAGCAGAUUUCCCGCUCCGGGGUCUCCGGAAAGCUUCUCCUUCAGGCACUGCACCUGGGCAUUGAGGUCAUCAACACCACAGACCACCUACAGCUGAGCCGGGAGUGCAGACGGGCCCUGCUCAAGAUGCACUACUGUCCUCACUGUCAGGGCUUAACCCAGUCCAAGCCCUGCAUGGGUUACUGCCUCAACGUGAUGAGGGGCUGCUUGGCGAGCAUGGCAGAGAUUGACACCCACUGGAGGGAGUUUGUCCUCUCGCUGGAGGGCCUGUCGGCACGGAUGCACGGGCCUCAGGAUUUGGAGCAAGUGCUCUUGGGAGUUCACACGCAGCUUCGCGAUGCGGUUGGACAGGCUCAGAAGAACGGACCCCGCCUCUCAGCACAGGUGCACAAGCUGUGUGGCCCACCAAGCAGGCGGCCUGCGCAGGCGGUCAGCAUCCAGCGCAGCAGCAGAGCAAGCAUCCCUCUUAAAGCCCUCGUGUCAGGUGUGUCAGGUGACUCGCUGGCCAUCAGGAGGAGGGACUUUUUGAACAGUCUGCGUCUUCACCGUACGUUCUACGGCGGCCUGGCGGAUCAGCUGUGUGUGAGUGAUCUGGCCUCCGGUGAUGCCCUGUCCUGCUGGAAUGGAACCAACAUCGUUAAAAGCUACACCCUGCGUGUGGUCGGCAACGGGAUCAAGGCUCAGAGUGUCAACCCCGAAGUCAAAGUGAAGGGAGCAGACCCUGUGAUUAACCAGAUCAUUGACAAGCUAAAGCACGUCAAUCAGCUGUUGCAAGGGAAGUCCAUUCCUAAACUCGGGUCAUUGGACCAGAUUGAAACAGGAAGUGGAGACACAGAGGGACGGUACAGCGGCGACUGUGACGAUGAAGACGGCUGUGGUGCUUCAGGUGGUGGCGAUGUUAAAAGGGAAGUUUACAGAGUCUCCAAAAUGAGUCCAGAUGUGACCGGUGAUCACAAACAUCAUCAUCAUCGUCAUCAUUAUCCACCUGCUGAUGAGUCGGAAGUGAAAGGCAGAUCCCGGAGUCUUGGACUGGCGGGGGCCAUCUGGAUCUUGAUGUUGCCUUGUGUUCACAUGCUCCUGGCCUUGUAACAGCUGCCUUUUUGCAGUAUGGAACUUUCAAGACAUUAUUUGAAUCAUAUUUACCCAGGACUGAAAGGGCCAGUGGACGUAACAAGCUCCAACAUUUAACGGAGAAUCACCUCCACAGAGUGCGGGACACGGUAGGAGGGAACAUUGAUAAUUCUGUGAAAAUUGCAACACAUUGUGACUUGUAUAAGUCAACAUAUGUUUUACUUUUGCAUAUUUUAAUUGUUUUUAACUGGCAACAUUAUUAUUAUUCGAAUAUUUAA